AUGGGUGCACACAAAUCGAAGGAGAAUGUUACAACAACACCAAAAUCAACAGCAUCAUCAAAUAUUCGCCGACAACGUAUGGCACAAAACUACCUUCUCAUCUGGGUAGAUGCCAGCAUCGACGAAGGAAAAAAGGAUUGCCAAGACACACUCACUCAAUUGAAAAAUUUGGUCAACGAUGUCAACUUAUGUACGGAAUCGAAACAAUGCAUCGAAGUACUCAACAAAGUUGACAGGGAACAAGCCUUUGUCAUAACAUCAGGCUCAUUAGGUCAACACUUGGUUCCUGAAAUUCAUGACAUACCACAACUAGAUGCUAUUUACAUCUUUUGUGGUGACAAAUCCAGACACGAAGGAUGGACUCAAAACUGGACAAAAAUCAAAGGUGUUCAUACAAAUAUCAAAGAUAUUCGCCAAGCAUUACAAUUGGCGGUUAAACAAUGCGACCAAAAUGCAAUUGCCAUAAGUUUUCUUACGGUAAAUGACAUGGCUUCAACUGAUAAUUUAAAUCAGUUGGAGCCAACUUUCAUGUAUACUCAACUAUUCAAGGAGAUUCUCCUUGAUAUCGAAUAUGAUGGCAAGGCAAUCAAGGACUUAGCAGUUUGUUGCCAUGAAGUUUUUGCUGGCAAUUCAACUGAAUUAAAGGUUAUUAAUGAAUUCGAAUGUGAUUAUCGUCCAGAAAAAGCAAUAUGGUGGUAUACACGUGAGUGUUUUACAUACAAAAUGCUCAAUCAAGCACUUCGAAUGAUGAAUGCUGAUAUAAUCAUUAAUAUGGGCUUCUUUCUACGUGAUGUACAUCGAGAAAUCCAACAGCUGCAUGAACAACAGGUUAGUAGUUAUGGCCGCAAACCUUUUAUAGUUUAUCGAGGACAAGGUCUUAUGAAAUCAGACUUUGAAAAAAUUCAGAAAGCAAAAGGUGGUCUUAUGUCAUUUAACAAUUUCUUGUCCACAAGUAAAGAUAAAGAAGUGUCCUUUCCUUUUGCUCGAGAUGCUUCAACAGAACCAAAUAAAAUUGGCAUUCUUUUUAUAAUGUCCAUUGAUCCUUGUUUGAAAUCAACACCAUUUGCCUCCGUCAAAGAAGUGAGUUAUUUUAAGCAUGAAGAAGAAAUUCUCUUCUCAAUGCACACCGUGUUUCGAGUGAAUGCAAUCAAACAAAUGAACAAGAAUAAUCAACUUUAUCACGUUGAAUUAGAAUUAACAUCGGAUGAUGAUCAACAACUACGAUCACUUACUGAUCGGAUACGAGAAGAAGCUAGUGGUAGUACUGGAUGGAAAAGAUUAGGUAAAUUAUUGCUUACAACUGGGCAAUUUAAUAAAGCUGAAGAACUUUAUAAUGUAUUACUCGCACAGACAUCUGAUGAGGGUGAAAAGCUGCAUUAUUAUAAUCAGCUCGGAUAUAUCAAACAUAAACAGGGUGAUUAUAAAAAGGCUAUUUGGUAUUACGAAAAAGCACUUGAAAUGCGACAAAAAACUCUUCCUUCAAAUCAUCCUGAUUUGGCUACUUCAUACAACAACAUCGGUAGUGUGUAUGACAAUAUGGGAGAGUACUCGAAAGCACUUUUACAUUACGAAAAAGCAUUUAAAAUUGAUCAAAAAACUCUUCCGUCAAAUCAUCCUGAUUUGGCUACUUCAUACAAUAACAUCGGUUUGGUGUAUGACAAUAUGGGAGAGUAUUCGAAAGCAUUUUCAUAUUACGAAAAAGCACUUGAAAUCUUCCAAAAAACUCUUCCUUCAAAUCAUCCUUCAUUCGCUGCGUCAUACAACAACAUCGGUAGUGUGUAUGACAACAUGGGAGAGUACUCGAAAGCACUUUCGUAUUACGAAAAAGCACUUGACAUUUGUCAGAAAACUCUUCCUUCAAAUCAUCCUAAUUUGGCUAGUCUAUACAACAACAUCGCUGGUGUAUAUUAUGCUAUGAAACACUAUUCGAAAGCACUGUCAUCUUUGGAACGGGCUCUGGACAUCAAACAACGUACAUUACCUCCAAUUCAUCCUAGUAUUAAUGAUGUGAAAGAGAGUAUUGAAAUUGUAAAAGAAGAAAUUAGAAAGAAUAUUUGA